AUGGAUCAAGAGGAUUUCGAGGUUAUUAUGGAGAAGAAGACGUUGGAGGGGAAGAAGACGGCGAAGCUAUUUACCUGCGAGGUGUGCGAUCGAGGAUUUACCCGACGUGAUAGCUGGCGACGUCAUCACCAAACACAGCACGGCGAUAAGGAGAAAAAGAAGAAGACGGAGAAGUAUUUUUGCCGGGUGUGUGCCCAGCAUUUUACCCUGCGGAAUAACUGGCUCCGACACCAGCGGACGCAUCACCAGCCCCAGACAAACAAAAGAUUCACCUGUCCGACCUGUGACCGGACGUUUUUUCGCCGAGAACAUUUGAUCCGCCAUCAACAGCGCCAUGGCAACAAACGAGAACGUGUGUGGGAUUGUGAAGACUGUGGGAAGUCUUUCUACCGGUUGUGGGAUUGGCGGACCCAUCAACGUGGGAAACACGGCUCGGCUGGGGAUGAAUUAGGGGGAGUAAUUUGCUUCUUGAAAGUUAAUUUUAAGACAGAAGAUGACUAG